CUUUGCACUUUUGUAUUAAGUGGGGACUAAAAAUGCGAUUAAGUUAUAUCCCUUCUCAACAAGUACUCUAAAAAUUAACAAGUAUACUCAGAACUGUGAUUAGCCUAGACAGGGCGUAGACGCGGUGGUAUUCCAUAUCCACGAUUCAAACACAAUUAAAUUCACAAGAUAUGGAGAAUUCCCAAGAUCAGCCACUCCCUCCAGGCGUUCAUUCUUGGCCUAACAAUUUGUCAAAAUCAGGUCAAACACCCGAGUCAAACUAUUCUGGAUGCUAUCAGUUUCCGCCGAAUGUCUAUACUCAAUACCAGUUUUCUCCCACUGCUUUUCCUCAUACACCUGGUCAACAAGGAACCCUCUCUCACUCUGGUUUUGUUCCUGGUCAAGCCAUAACCUCAGAGGCCUCUCCCACUGUGAGAUUGAUCCAGCAGCCUCAUGAAAUUAUGUCUACAAACAAUGACAUUGACGUUGCUGCUCAGGAUGCUGUCUUGCGCGAACAAGAAAUCGCUACCCAAAAUAUCAUAAGGAGUCAAAGAGAGGUAAGAGCGGUGGCAUCACCUACGGAGGAGAAUUCAGACAUUUUUUCGGAACGUCGUGACCCCAAUGCUUUGAAGGAACAUCUGAUGAAAAUGGCUUCAGAGCAUAGGGCUGAAAUGGCUGUUAAGCGUGGGAAAGCUCCACGUCCAGAAGAAGGUAACAUAGAAAUAGGUAAUGGAUAUGGUGUACCUGGUGGAGGUGCCUAUUAUGAUGCUCCCAAGCUUAAUGCCACUACAGGUAGCCAUACAUUCAGUCAGCCUGAACCUAAACUUGAUAGAAGUUCAGAGCAGGAACCCGGGGCUAAAGAAUUGCCGGAGUACCUCAAGCAGAAACUGAGAGCUAGGGGUAUUCUUAAAGAUGAUACACGUUCUAAAGAUCUUAAAGGUACUUCAGCUGAACUUAUGGAAAAUGAAAAGUUGCCUCCUGGAUGGGUUGAAGCAAAAGAUCCGGGAAGUUGUGCAUGUUAUUAUUAUAACGAAAGCACUGGGAAGAGUCAGUGGGAAAAACCUCAUGAAGCAUCAUCAAUUGAGCAAUCACCAUCACCUUUACAUCUUUCAGAGAAUUGGGUGGAGGCAUUGGAUGAAACAACAGGUCAUAAGUAUUACUACAAUACAAAAACUCAUGUAUCACAAUGGGAGCAUCCUAGUUCAUCUCAGAAAGUUGUGUCAGAUCACUCAGACUUGUCCGUUGGCAGUCGGAAUGACCAGUUAUCUACUUUACAGAAGUGUAUGGGCUGUGGUGGUUGGGGUGUAGGACUUGUCCAAGCAUGGGGUUACUGUAAUCACUGCACAAGACUUUUAAAUCUUCCAGAGUCUAAGUAUUUAUCCUCAAAUUCGGAUUCAAAUAAUCAGCAAAGAAGUCCUGCACAUCCCUUUGAAAGCUCUGAUAAAAUGGCUACCAAACAGAGGUCGAGUUGGAAACCUCCAUCUGAUAAGGGAAGUAAAAAAUUGGGCAAGAAGCGUGCUCAUGCAGAGGAUGAUGAGUUGGACCCUAUGGAUCCCAGUUCCUAUUCAGAUGCUCCUCGUGGUGGCUGGGUUGUGGGUCUGAAAGGUGUGCAGCCUAGAGCAGCUGACACAACUGCAACAGGUCCCCUGUUUCAACAACGGCCAUAUCCAUCACCUGGUGCUGUUUUACGAAAGAACGCCGAAAUUGCUUCUCAGAAAAAGAAACCAAAUUCACAUUUUACUGCCAUAUCCAAGAGGGGUGAUGGGAGUGAUGGGCUUGGUGAUGCGGACUAGGACCAUGUAAAUGACAUCACCUCAAUGCUAUAACCAAACAGACUGGACAGAGGCUAUGUAACUGUUAUUGACAAAUUUGAAGCACUCAGCAUGGGAUUUCUCACGAGUCCGCCGGGAGAACCAUUUGAUUUAUUCACUAAUGGAAAGUUCUACUGGACCUCAAGAUUGGGAAAGCAAAGGAAAUUCUGCACUUUUCAGCAUUUUUGAAUUCUAUGCUCUUGUUUAUUCUAUGAAGUUCUACUGCUCACCAUUUUUUAACAAGGGUAUUUAAUGAACUCUUAUAUUGCUGGUGUGUAUAUUUCCGCUCCACUAUAUAUUAUAUAUACAAAAGAGUAUAUUGCUCUUGGCACAA